GUCUUCAACGGUCGAAUUGAAUCCAAGAGAUAUGAGAGAGAAAAGGGGAAAUCGGAAAGCCCUAGAUCCCGUCGGUGAGGAUGGAGUCACCGGAAAAGAUGGAAAAGGCUUCUUCGCCUGUUAUCUCUUGACCUCUCUUAGCCCUCGUCAUAAGGGUCAAACCUAUAUCGGGUUCACUGUAAACCCGAGGCGGAGAAUAAGGCAGCACAAUGGAGAGAUCACUAGUGGUGCUUGGAGAACAAAGAAGAAACGUCCAUGGGAAAUGGUUCUCUGUAUCUAUGGUUUCCCCACCAAUGUCUCUGCCCUUCAGGUCCUUUUGCUACCCUAAAGCAAAAGAUUCCUUGCCAAAAGAUUCUGUUUUUACUUCUUUUGUUCUCCAGUUGUGGCCUCGCUCUUGAAUGUUUUGCUAACGUAAAAAAAACCUUUUUGCAGUUUGAAUGGGCUUGGCAGCAUCCGAGAGAAUCGGUUGCAGUUAGAGAAGCUGCUGCGGCUUUCAAAUCCUUCUCUGGGGUUGCUAGUAAGAUCAAGCUUGUAUAUACAAUGUUAAAUCUUCCAGCUUGGAAUAGUUUGAACCUCACGGUUAAUUAUUUCUCGUCAAAGUAUGCACACCACGGUGGUAAAUCUCCAAGUUUACCUUUACAUAUGAAAGUUCAAGUUUGUGCUAUGGAGGAUCUUCAGUAUUUCACAAAGGUAGAUGACAGUUCUCAACCCGAAGAUGAAGAGAGUCCCGAGGUUAAUGAAGAGGAUGAUGAUGAUGAUGAUGAUGAUAGUAGCAACCUAAGCCAGCCUGGGAAUUCAAAUACAAGCUCAUCGGAUGACCGGCAUUUUGAAAAAGCGAAAGAACCUGUAACUGUAUUUGAUGAAGAAGACAGAUUAGCAAAUUUCAGUGGUUUUGGCUUAUUAGAUGAAGAAGAGACUGUUGAAGAUGAAGUAUCACAUAUCACUGUUGGAUCCAUUAGAGCUACUGAGAAAGAACCCGAGACUGUAUUCAAUGACAGAUUAGCAAGUUUCACUUGUUUUGGCUUAGUAGAGAUUGUUGAAGAUGAAGUAUCACAUGGAACUAUAGGAUCCACUGAAGCUAUGGAGAAAGAGUGUAGGAAAAGAAGGAACCAUAUCACCUCAACGACGACUGAGGUUGAUGUAGAGGUGAUAGAUCUGAUGACUCCAUCACCAAGCUGCAGAGCUGGAUCAUCUAUGAAGAGACGAAGAGUUUCUGAGUUUAUAGAUUUGACUAUGUCUCCUAAUUUCAUAGAGUCGUAGAAGUAAUACACGAGAAUUUGUGUGAAAAUCAAAAUCAACUUUGUUGUAAUUUUCUUUUAUAUCUAAUAAAAGAUUUCAAACCU